AUGCGAUUUUCAUUACUUCUGCUCGCUGGGUUGGCACCAACCAGUAUUGCCUCUUCGGUUGACUCUACUGUCAAAACCAGCAGCGGAACUGUAAAAGGCACUGCACGUGAUUUAAAGGGAAUUUUGUCCUUUAAGGGCAUUCCUUUUGCAGCGCCCCCUACAGGAGAAUACCGAUGGAAAGCGCCUCGACCAGCUUUACCAUUCAACGGCACACACAACGCGAAUUCUUAUGGCCCCAGCUGCUACAAUGCAUUUUUAGACGGUACAAACUUAACGCCCCCUAGUGAGGACUGUCUGAGUCUCAAUAUCUGGACCGGUGCUUCAACUGCCACUGAAAAACGACCCGUUAUGAUUUGGAUUUACGGGGGAGGCUUUGAAUUCGGAAGCUCAGCAAAGACUGCCUAUGAUGGAACUGCACUCGCUUGUGAGGGUGUAAUUGUAGUGACCUUCAAUUACCGUGUCGGAGUGCUUGGAUUCCUGGCAUUGGAAGAGCUUGACGAGGAGGGCGGCCAGUCCGGUAACUUUGGGUUACAGGAUCAACUGGCUGCUAUACGCUGGGUGAAAAAAAAUAUUGCUUCUUUCGGAGGUGAUCCAGAUAACAUUACUAUCUGGGGUGAAUCGGCCGGCGCGCACUCAGUGGGUAUACUAAUGGCAUCUCCUCUCUCGAAUGGUCUCUUUCACAAAGCCAUAAUGGAAAGCGGUUCAUACUGGGAUAGCGAGCAUGGGUCUCUGAGAACCUACUCAGAAGCCCGAUUGCAAGGAGCAUCUUUUGAGGCUAAACUAGGCGUCAAGUCCGUGCAUCAACUUCGUGCACUUUCAGCUGAUAUUGUCAAUAAUGCCGCCCCUUGGAAUGAAAGUACCGACCCGGGUAUCACGGCCUUCGCUCCUAGUAUCGACAAGUACGUUAUUCCUGAUUAUCCAGGGAAAAUAUUCGAUUUAGGUCAAACUCAGAAAGUUCCCCUAUUGGCUGGUUUCAAUGCCGGCGAAGACUUGGCUUUCUUGCCGCGGGCGUUGCCGCAUAGCAAUCCGACACAAUUCCGCGACUCAGCAGAGGUUCUUUUUGGGAAUCGCGUGUCAGAAUUUCUCCAGCUUUAUUUGACAGAUACCCAGCUACAAGUUAACGAGUCCGCGGAUAUUCUCGUGGGGGAUCUAGUCAUCAGUGAACAAACUUUCGAAGCAAUCGAUAGACAAGCACGGGCCAGUGGUCAAAAAGUCCACGCCUACUACUACAACUACACUUCUCCUUAUUCUCCUGCCCCGGCCCAUUCUGCGGAAGUGGCUUUUGUUUUCGGAAAUCUAGUCCCAAGCAACGCCGCGUCCUCUACGGCAUCCGCUGCGGAUAAAGCCUUCUCAAAAAAACUGAGGACUCUGUGGACGAACUUUGCCAAAACUGGUGACCCAAAUGGUCAUGGAUUGCCUCAAUGGCCUCAAUAUAUUGGAAAGGGCGCUGAUUUUAUGGUAAUUGGAAACACGAUUGGUGCAAUUGAGAACCCGAGGCUGGAUCAGUUGGACUUCAUAAAGUCUUUUAGGGCAGAAGGGGCUCUGCCUUCGAGUUGGCGUCAUGAUUUUGUCGACAAUUAG